GGUGCAGGGCGGUGCAGGCCUCAGCCACAAGCCCCGCCCCCCAAGUUCCGGCCUGCGGAGGCCUGGCAGGCUGUCCAACUCCGAGGCUUCAGAUCUGCCCACAGGAAGUUCUGGGCAGCCGGAAGCGCUGCGAGAUGCUCUUCAUCCCGGAGUAGGGCUUUCGCAAAAUGACAUUCCAUGGAAAUCCACCCUUUCCUGUUUCCUGGGGCGGCCUCUACUGCGGGGAAUGUGGGGGAGCCCGGAGCUGCGGAGCGUGCAGAAGCUAUGCCUCGCUGGGCCUGGCUGCAGGGCUAUGCUGUGGCAUCUUACAGGGCAGGGGAUUUGGGGCUCCGUGAGGGGACUGGCUGGACGUCACGUGCCGGCGGAGAUGGCAAAACCUGGUUCGGACAGUCGACCCCCGAGUCCGAGGAGCUGCGGGUGAGGUGCUCAGGUGGGGUCACCAGCCUUGUGAACUGCUAGGAGAAGGAUGCCUCCCCAGUAUGAGUUUCAUCUGCCCUUAUCCCCAGAGGAGUUGCUGAAAAGUGGAGGUGUGAAUCAGUAUGUCGUUCAAGAGGUGCUGUCCAUCAAGCAUCUGCCAUCCCAGCUCAGAGCAUUUCAGGCUGCCUUCCGAACUCAGGGGCCCCUUGCGAUGCUGGAACACUUUGAUACUAUCUAUAGCAUUUUACAUCACUUUCGAAGUAUAGAUCCUGGCCUCAAGGAAGAUACUCUGGAAUUCCUGAUAAAAGUGGUAUCGCGCCACUCCCAAGAGCUUCCAGCCAUCCUGGAUGAUGCAACUUUGAGUGUAUCAGACAGAAACGCCCAUCUAAACGCCCUCAAAAUGAACUGCUAUGCCCUGAUACGCCUCUUGGAAUCCUUUGAGACUAUGACCAGCCAGAAAAGCCUCAUUGACCUGGACAUGGGUGGGAAGGGUAAGAAAGCCCGAACCAAAGCAACCCAUGGCUUUGACUGGGAGGAAGAAAGACAGCCAGUUCUUCAGCUUUUAACACAGCUACUCCAGUUGGACAUUCGUCACCUAUGGAACCACUCAGUAAUUGAGGAAGAAUUUGUCAGUUUGGUUACUGGCUGUUGCUACCGCCUUCUGGAGAAUCCCACCAUUAGUCACCAGAAGAACCGCCCCACCAGGGAAGCCAUAACACACCUGCUUGGGGUGGCUCUGACACGUUAUAACCAUAUGCUGAGCGCCACGGUGAAGAUCAUCCAGAUGCUACAGCACUUUGAGCACCUGCCGUCUGUACUGGCAGCAGCUGUGAGUCUAUGGGCAACGAAUGAUGGAAUGAAGAGCAUAGUGGGCGAGAUCGUAAGAGAGAUUGGACAGAAGUGUCCACAGGAGCUGAGUCGAGACACUGCUGGGGCAAAGGGGUUCGCAGCCUUUCUCACUGAUCUUGCAGAACAAGUCCCAGCCAUCCUGAUGUCCAGCAUGUGUAUUUUGUUAGAUCAUCUGGAUAGAGAGAAUUACAUGAUGCGCAAUGCUGUGCUGGCGGCCAUGGCAGAGAUGGUACUGCAGGUUCUGAAUGGUGACCAACUGGAAGAAGCAGCCCGAGAAACCAGAGAUCAGUUCUUAGAUACUUUGCAAGCCCAUGGCCAUGAUGUCAACUCCUUUGUUCGAAGCCGUGUUUUGCAGCUCUUUAUUCGAAUUGUCCAACAGAAGGCUCUCCCCCUGACACGUUUCCAGGCAGUGGUAGACUUAGCAGUGGGCCGUCUGGCAGACAAGUCCGUGUUAGUAUGUAAAAAUGCCAUUCAGCUGCUGGCCAGCUUUCUAGCCAAUAAUCCUUUUUCCUGCAAGCUUAGUGAUACUGACCUUGCUGGACCCCUGCAGAAGGAGAUCCAGAAAUUGCAAGAAAUGAGAGCCCAGAGGCGAACUGCAGCUGCCUCUGCAGUGCUAGACCCAGAGGAGGAGUGGGAAGCCAUGCAGCCAGAAUUGAAGUCUACCCUGCAGCAGCUUCUAAAGCAUCCUCAGGAAGAAGAGGUGAUGCCUCAGCAAAUUGCUGAAACAGAGACUGCAGAAGAGGUGAAAGGGCACAUCCGACAGCUGCUUGUCAAAGCCAGUUACAAGCAGGCUAUCAUUCUCACCCAGGAAGCCACAAGCCACUUCCAGGAGUCUGAACCCUUCAGUCACACAGACCCAGGAGAGUCAGAGGAGAUCAGGUUCCUGAAUCUCUUGGGAAUUAUCUUCAAAGGCCCUGCAGCUUCCACACAGGGCUCUCAUGGGAACAUGGUCCCAGGACAGACUGACAGGAAAGACACUCCCAGUGUGUCUGAGCCUGAGGGGUCUUGCAGGAAUGAUGAGCUGGUGAAACAGGAGAUGCUGGUGCAGUAUCUACAGGAUGCCUAUAGCUUCUCCCAGAAGAUUUCAGAGGCCAUUGGCAUCAUCAGCAAGAUGAUGUAUGAAAACACAACUACAGUGGUGCAGGAGGUGAUUGAAUUCUUUGUGAUGGUAUUCCAAUUUGGGGUACCCCAGGCCCUGUUUGGGGUACGCCGCAUGCUGCCUCUCAUCUGGUCCAAGGAGCCUGGUGUCCGGGAAGCUGUGCUUAAUGCGUACCGCCAACUCUACCUCAACCCUAAAGGAGACUCAGCCAGAGCCAAGGCCCAGGCUUUGAUUCAGAACCUCUCUUUGUUGUUAGUGGAUUCCUCAGUUGGGACCAUCCAGUGUCUUGAGGAAAUUCUUUGUGAGUUUGUGCAAAAGAAUGAGUUGAAACCAGCAGUGACCCAACUGCUAUGGGAACAGGCCACAGAAAAGGUCCCCUGCUCUCCUCUGGAGCGCUGUUCCUCUGUCAUGCUUCUUGGCAUGAUGGCACGAGGAAAACCAGAAAUUGUAGGAAGCAACUUAGACACACUAGUGAGUGUAGGGCUGGCUGAGAAGUUUCCACAGGAUUACAGGCUGGCCCAGCAGGUGUGCCUUGCUAUUGCCAAUAUCUCGGACAGGAGGAAGCCUUCUUUGGGCAAACGUCACCCUCCCUUCCGGCUGCCUCAGGAACACAGGUUGUUUGAGCGACUUCGAGAGAUGGUCAUAAAAGGCUUUGCACAUCCAGAUCCCCUCUGGAUCCCAUUCAAAGAGGUGGCAGUGGCCCUCACCUACCAACUGGCAGAGGGCCCUGAGGUGAUCUGUGCCCAGAUGUUACAAGGCUGUGCAAAGCAAGCCCUGGAGAAGCUUGAGGAGAAGAGCACCACCCAAGAGGAGAAGGGUGCCACCCAGGAGGACCCCAAAGAGACUGUCCCAAUGCUCCCCACAUUUCUGCUGAUGAACCUGCUCUCACUGGCUGGGGAUGUGGCCCUGCAGCAACUGGUACAUUUAGAACAAGCAGUGAGUGGAGAGCUGGGUCGGCGGCGAGUUCUUCGGGAAGAACAGGAGCACAAGACCAAGGACCCCAAGGAGAAGAAUACAAGCUCUGACACAGCUAUGGAGGAAGAGUUGGGGCUGGUCGGGGCCACUGCUGAUGAUACGGAGGCAGAACUAAUCCGUGGCAUCUGUGAGAUGGAACUGUUGGAGGGCAAACAGGUACUGGCAGCCUUUGUUCCACUUCUGCUUAAAGUCUGCAACAGCCCUGGCCUAUAUAGCAACCCAGAUCUCUCUGCAGCUGCUUCACUCGCCCUUGGCAAGUUCUGCAUGGUCAGCUCCCCUUUCUGUGACUCCCAGCUUCGUCUUCUAUUCACCAUGCUGGAAAAGUCUUCACUCCCCACUGUCCGGUCUAAUCUCAUGGUUGCCACUGGGGAUCUGGCCAUCCGCUUCCCCAACCUGGUGGAUCCCUGGACACCUCAUCUAUAUGCCCGCCUCCGUGACCCAGCUCAGCAAGUGCGGAAGACAGCAGGGCUGGUGAUGACCCACUUGAUCCUCAAGGACAUGGUGAAGGUAAAAGGACAAGUGAGUGAGAUGGCCGUGCUACUCAUUGAUCCUGUGCCUCAGAUUGCUGCCCUGGCCAAGAACUUCUUCAACGAACUCUCCCACAAGGGCAAUGCUAUCUAUAAUCUCCUCCCAGAUAUCAUCAGCCGCCUGUCAGACCCAGAGGGUGGGGUGGAGGAGGAACCCUUCCACACCAUCAUGAGGCAGCUCCUCUCCUACAUUACCAAGGACAAACAGACUGAGAGCCUGGUGGAGAAGCUGUGUCAGCGGUUCCGCACAGCCCGAACAGAGCGGCAGUACCGUGACCUGGCCUACUGUGUAUCCCAGCUGCCCCUCACAGAGCGGGGCCUCCGCAAGAUGUUUGACAACUUUGACUGCUUUGGAGAUAAACUGACAGAUGAGUCUGUCUUCAAUGCCUUUUUGUCAGCUGUGGGCAAGCUGCGGCGUGGGGCCAAGCCUGAGGGCAAGGCUGUAAUAGAUGAAUUUGAGCAGAAGCUUCGGGCCUGUCACACCCGAGGGAUGGAUGGACUAGAGGAGCUUGAAACUGGUCAAGGAGGUAGCCAGAAAACGCCAUCGGCCAAGAAGCCAUCCACUGUCUCUAAGCAACAGCCUCUGACUUCUGGAACUUCAGACAGUGACUUUGUCACACCUGAGCCUCGCCGCACUACCCGUCGUCUUCCAAACACACAUCAGCGCACAUCCAAGAAGAAAGUCAAGGUUGUCUUCUCAAGUGAUGAGUCCAGUGAGGAAGAUCUAUCAGCCGAGAUGACAGAAGAUGAGACGCCCAAGAAAACAACUCCCAUCCGCAGAGCAUCUUACCGUAGACACAGGUCCUAGGACUUGUCUUCCAUGUUCUAUUCCUGCUGUGCAGGGAAUCUUAUUGGAUAAUCUGGAAUUCCAGCUCCAUUCCCCUUGUGAAAUGUUUGUUGCCUCCUUGUUUUUAACACAUAAUCUUUAAAUUGCAAGGCAUUUCUCUUAACUAGCCCAUCUGAACUGUGCUGAGUGCUUUCACUUUCCAGUAGAUGUUUGCCUGUCACCUUGUUUUCUAAUUGGAAUAAAUGUUUUUAUAUACUUUUAAG